UAGCUCAGUGACAGAAUCUCAAAACAGUGACCUCUGGCCUGUAACCCGCGAGCUUCCGGCUGCUGCAGCUCCAUCUAUCGGUGGUCUGGAGUUACUGCAUCUCUGUCGGCGUUGUCACAUAUGAACACUGUGACGGUUAGAGCCAACAUGGCGGAGAGCGAGAGCUUGGAGACUAUCACCGAACAUGAGCGAAUAUUACAGGAGAUCGAGAGCACGGACACGGCGUGCGUGGGGCCGACGCUACGAUCCGUUUACGAUGAUCAGCCCAAUGCACACAAAAGGUUUAUGGAGAAACUUGAUGCCAGAAUACGUAACCAUGACAGAGAGAUUGAGAAAAUGUGCAACUUCCAUCAUCAGGGAUUCGUGGACGCCAUCACAGAACUGCUGAAGGUCCGAGCAGAUGCUGAGAAGCUGAUGGGCCAAGUGAGCGACACCAAUCGAAGACUUCAAGACGCCGGACGGGAGGUGACGGCCCAAACAGAGGAGGUCAUCCGCUGCCGAAUUCAACAGAGGAACAUGGCUAACACGGUGGAGAAGUUGCAGCUCUGCAUUCCCGUCUUGGAAAUGUACAGCAAAUUAAAGGAGCAGCUUGAAUUGAAAAGAUACUACUCUGCAUUGAAAACCAUGGAGCAGCUAGAAAACAUUUAUAUUCCCAGAGUGAGCCAGUACAGGUUCUGCCAAAUCAUGGCUGAGAUGCUUCCUAAACUCCGAGAGGAGAUUAAAGAGAUCUCCAUGUCCGACCUAAAAGACUUUUUGGAAAGUAUCCGAAAGCACUCGGAUAAAAUUGGUGCAACCGCAAUGAGACAGGCUCAGCAGCACCGUACUUUUAACAGUGAAGUGCAGAAGCAGGUGACUCUGAACUGUGCCAAACCUCUGUAUGGUCUGAAUGGCCGAACACCCCUCCAUCACAACGGCCUGAGCGCAGAGGCAGCGGAUGAAGAGGAGAUGGAUGAGGAGGUCUUGACAGCGCAGGAUCUGGUGGAUUUCUCUCCAGUCUACCGAUGUCUUCACAUCUACACUGUUUUGGGAGACAGGGAGACGUUUGAAAAUUACUAUAGGAAGCAAAGAAAAAAACAAGCAAGACUAGUACUGCAGCCUCAGUCUAACAUGCAUGAGACAGUGGAGGGCUACAGGAAGUACUUUAAUCAGAUUGUCGGGUUCUUUGUGGUGGAGGAUCACAUACUUCACGCCACACAAGGCCUGGUGACUAGAGUCUUCACAGAUGAACUGUGGAACAUGGCCCUGUCCAAAAUCAUUGCAGUGCUCCGCACACACUCUUCCUACUGCGAGGAUCCCGACCUGGUCCUGGAACUGAAGAACCUGAUUGUUAUAUUUGCAGACACUUUACAGGGUUAUGGCUUCCCUGUCAACAGACUUUUUGACCUUUUGUUUGAGGUUAGAGAUCAGUACAACGAAACAUUGCUCAAAAAAUGGGCCCUGGUGUUCAGGGAUAUUUUUGAGCAGGACAACUACAGCUCCAUUCCAGUGGAAAAUGAAGAGGAGUAUAAGGCUGUUGUCAGUCGCUUCCCCUUCCAUGAUGCAGAGAUAGAAAAGCAACAAUUUCCAAAGAAGCUGCCCAUGUCCCAAUCAGUGCCUCAAAUCUACUCUCAAGUGAAGGAGUUUAUUUACGCCAGCUUGAAGUUCUCAGAGUCACUCCAUCGCAGCUCAACUGAGAUUGACGACAUGCUCCGUAAAUCCACCAACCUGCUACUGACGAGGACGUUGAGCAGCUGCUUACAAAAUCUAAUCAAAAAGCCACACAUAGGAUUAACUGAGCUAGUUCAAAUUAUCAUCAACACCACCCAUUUAGAGUAUGCGUGUAAAUACCUGGAGGAUUUUAUCACGAACAUCACCAAUGUUUCCCCGGAAACGGUUCAUACCACAAGACUCUAUGGGCUUUCCACCUUCAAGGAUGCUAGACAUUCAGCCGAAGGAGAAAUAUACACCAAACUCAACCAAAAGAUUGAUGAAUUCAUUCAGCUGGCUGAUUAUGAAUGGGGCAUGGCAGAGUCGGACGGCAGGGCCAGCGGCUACCUCAUGGACCUCAUUAACUUCCUGCGUAGCACCUUCCAGGUCUUCACACACCUUCCAAAUAACAACAAAGAUCAUGCUGCAAUGUCGGGUAAGGUGGCACAGACGGCAUGUAUGUCUGCCUGUAAACACCUGUCUACGUCACUGAUGCAGAUGCUGCUGGAUACUGAGCUCAAACAGAUCAGCAUGGGAGCUAUUCAGCAGUUUAACCUGGAUGUCAUACAGUGUGAACUGUUUGCCAGUUCAGAGCCCGUGCCAGGAUUCCAGGGGGACACACUGCAGUUGGCCUUCAUUGACCUCCGACAGCUUCUAGAUCUGUUCAUGGUGUGGGAUUGGUCCACGUACCUAGCAGACUACGGACAGCCCACCUCGAAGUACCUGCGGGUGAACCCCUCCACUGCGCUAGCACUUUUAGAAAAAGUCAACAGAGGGUAUGUAGAUCCAAUAAGGAUUUCUCUCUCUCCAUAGUAAUGUGAAAAGCUGCAUGAAUAACUUCAUGUGUAAUAUUGUUUAUUUCAUCAUCAUUUAUUAAUCCCACACCCAUUGCAGCAUGCAUACUGUACAGAGAGGCUGAAUAAUAAUAAAAUGUGAAUAAUUUACUUAUUAUAUGAUACAUAGGUCACAAAUCACUUUAACAUUACUAAUUCAUAAUUUUUACUGCACUGAAAAAUCUCUCUUUGAUAAUGAAUUUAAAU